UUUUUUUUUAAUUUAUUUAUGGUUUUUUAAUUUUGUUGGAAUCAUGUCAGUGAAAACAGUUUCAUUGGCAAUUUACAUGUUAGUUAGCUUCAAAUAAAACUGGGUUCUAUGGGUUUUUCUCAAUAAGAAUCACCUUGUCUUUGCUUUUUCUACACAGUUUUUGUGUCUGUUUGUGUGUGCUGGUGCUAAUCCAGUUUAACCUCCUUUUUGUUAUUGAUUCGAGUUAUUUAAAAGACAACGGAAGGAAAAAAAGAAAUGAAAAACCUCUUCUUUCUUUGUUAUGUAGUAUUAUUUUAAUUGUUUUGUGGUUUCUUCAUUAGUAUCGAGGAGGGUCUUCCAAAGGUUUUUGAAAGUUUGGUGCUUGAUGUCAUGGGGCUGGUGAUGGUGCCACCCAUUCUUCAGCUGCUGGGGAAACUCUCUGCCAUUGGCUUUUUUUUCGCAGUUCAAGGAUCUACUGCUGACAAUAUAUCCCUAACUCCAGCAAUUUUUUCUUAUAUUCCUCCAAUAGAAGGAACGCCUGGUCCCCAACUCCAGCCAUUUAGAAGCAGUGUCCCAGCCUCAGAGUCUCUGUCAACUGGGUCAAACUUGCACCCUCCACUUGCAUUGCCACCACUCACCUCUGCCCCAGUGCCCCAAACAAUCACAGGGCAUGUACCAUCAUAUUCUCCUAGUCCUCUGAUAGUAACAAAACCACAUAAUAGAGCUCCUCCUCCCUUGAUUUCUCAAGGACAUGUACCAUCCUUGUCACCAAGUUUUUCAGUUAUAUCUCCAACGUAUAAUACAGCUCCUCCACCCACACUUAAUCAAGGGCAUGAGCCACCUAAGCCACCAAAUGCUCAUCGAAGAGAGGCAGCAGUUAGACAGACUCCUGUCUCUGCGUCAAGUGCGCCAGCUGCAGCACCUUCGAGACAGUUACCAGAAAAUUCACCAGUCAGCCAAUCAAAUGCACCUGAAGCUUCUUCACUAAGUACUCAUAAAAAAGACGUAUCCUUCAGUGGGGCUCCUGUCCCAAAUUCAGUUUCUCCAGCUGCAUCUCCAUCAAGGAAUUCAAAAGAAAAUCAACCAGCAGCCCCCCCUAUUGCACCAGCAACGAUGCCAUUUGCAGUUCCGGUUGUAUCACCAAUGGGAGCCAUGCCACAAAAUUCAUCAGCAACCCACCCAGUCAUGCCUGGAGAAUCCCCUGCUGUAUUAUCAGGUCCAAAUGUCCGCCAUCCAUCUGCUCCUACCCCAAGCAUUGAUUAUAAGAAAGAUGAAAUUCCAGUUUCUGCACCGCCAAAUGAAACACCCACACCUUUAUCUCCCAUGAGCCAUUUUCCAGCUAAAGGUUCUUUUUCUGGUGUAGCUCCUUCCACACACAAUGCUAUGAGGCACUCUAAUGACUCUCCCAUUUCUCCUUCAUCAUUGCCGAAAACUCCUCUGGAUAAACAGCAUCACUUUUCUGCGCCUUCACCUUCUAUCCCAUUUCAUAAACAAAACCAUGAAAGCAGCAGAAUCAGUGACUCUGCUCCUGCAUCCUCAAAUCCAACAUUUCCGCCCUCUUCAAAACAGCAAGGUCCCGUCAUGCCUCCAUCAUUUCUUCCAACAAGCAGGCAUAAACAAUAUGCUUUCUCACCCCUUGGAACUCCAGAUUCUUCACAUAAGGCAUCACACUACCGCUAUCCUAAACCAGUGAUCACUCCUUCACCCACUCCUUCACCCACUCACACUGCAGCAUCUGGAUGGACAAAAAUGCCAGCUCUUUCCCCUAAAGCUUCUCCUUCUGGGUUUUCUUCAAGAACUCCCAAGAUGCCCCCCCUGCCACCACUCCACACAUUACCACUUCCACCUCCUAAUGAAGAUUGUUCAACGACUGUGUGCACAGAGCCAUACACAAAUACUCCUCCUGGGUCACCAUGUCGCUGUGUCUUGCCCAUGCAAGUAGGACUGGGCGUUAGUGUUGCACUGUAUACAUUUUUCCCUUUAGUUUCAGAGCUUGCUCAGGAAAUUGCCGCUGGCGUUUUUAUGAAACAAAGUCAAGUUCGCAUUAUAGGGGCCAAUGCCCCCAGCCAGCAGCUAGAGAAGACAAUCGUCCUUAUUGACUUGGUUCCCCUUGGAGAAAGAUUUGACAAUUCAACUGCCUUUUUGACUUAUCAAAGAUUUUGGAAAAAACAAGUUGUUAUAAACCCUUCUUUUUUUGGUGACUAUGAAGUAUUAUAUGUGCGUUAUCUAGGUUUACCUCCACCUCCACCUAUGGCACCUUUUGGAAUUGCAAUAAUCGAUGAUGGGCCAUAUUCUGGCAAUGACAACAAUGCAAGGAUGAUAAAGCCCCUAGGGGUUGAUGUCCAUAAAAGGAAGCGUAAAGAUGGGCUUGCUGGUGGCAUCAUUGCUAUUAUUGCUGUGUCUGGUUCUGUAGCACUAGUUUUAUUCUCUGCUGUUGCUCUGGCAUUGCUGUUUAAACAUAGAGAUCAUGCUAGUCAACCGGCAUCAGUCCUGCAGCCUUUGCCACCUUCAGUUGUGAAACCAUCAGGUAUUGCUGGGUCAUUGAUUAGAAGUGGUCUUAGUUCUGCCUCGUUGUCCUUUGCAUCUAGUAUUCCAGCGUACACAGGAUCUGCUAAGACCUUCAGCAAAAGUGACAUAGAGCGGGCCACUAGUAGCUUUGAUGCUUCAAGAAUACUCGGGGAGGGUGGCUUUGGGCUUGUUUACAGUGGUGUUUUAGAAGACGGGACCAAAGUUGCUGUAAAAGUUCUAAAGAGAAAUGAUCAGCAAGGUGGUCGAGAAUUCUUGGCAGAAGUUGAGAUGCUUAGCCGCCUUCAUCACAGAAAUUUGGUCAAGUUGAUUGGAAUAUGCACAGAGGAAUGUUCACGCAGCUUGGUCUACGAGCUCAUAGCAAAUGGCAGUGUCGAAUCUCAUCUACAUGGGGUUGAUAAAGAAUCUGCUCUUAAUUGGGAUGCUCGGAUCAAGAUAGCACUUGGUGCAGCUCGAGGUCUAGCUUAUCUACAUGAGGAUUCAAGCCCUCGUGUGAUACACAGGGACUUCAAGUCAAGCAACAUUUUGUUGGAACAUGAUUUCACACCAAAAGUCUCAGACUUUGGUUUGGCUAGGACUGCCUUGGAUGAGGAAAAUAGGCACAUAUCAACGCAGGUCAUGGGAACUUUUGGGUAUGUCGCUCCAGAGUAUGCAAUGACUGGCCAUCUUCUUGUGAAGAGUGAUGUUUACAGUUAUGGUGUAGUCCUUCUUGAGCUCCUAACAGGACGAAAACCAGUGGAUAUGUCCCAGCCACCUGGUCAAGAGAAUCUAGUUACAUGGGCUCGUCCAUUUCUAACAACUAAAGAAGGGCUUGAAGUAAUUAUAGAUCCGACUCUAGCACCUGAUGUACCUUUUGAUAGUGUGGCCAAAGUAGCAGCUAUUGCAUCAAUGUGUGUUCAACCAGAGGUAUCACACCGUCCUUUUAUGAGUGAGGUUGUUCAGGCCUUAAAACUAGUAUCUAAUGAGUGUGAUGAGGCAAAGGAACUGGAUUCCAGAAGUUCCAGCCAAGAUUUAUCUAUUUACAUGGAUGCUGAGGUCAGUGCAGUCUCAGGACAGCUGCGGGAUUCUUUACGAAGUCAGGCCCUAGUACAUAAUUAUGAUUCUGAGCCAGAUAUAGAAAGGGGACUCGUGGAUUCAUAUUUUUUCAGUACAUCAGACGGGUGUGGGAGGCAGGGCUCUGGAUCAUUGAGGAGAUGCUCAUCAGGUCCAUUGAAAACAGGAGGGGGCAGAGUGUUGUUGCAGAGGAGAUUGAGAGGGGAAAGUGUGAGUGAACGUGGAACCAUCUUCAAAAUGUGGCCAGGUUCACAUUAAGAGCUAGAUCGUCCCUCUUUUUUGUGAAUAUUGACUUCCCGUUUUUCAAUCUUAAAAUCCUUGACUGCAAGCAAGCAUUCAGUCCUUCAUAAGAACAAGAAUUUGGUUGCGGCCUCGCAAGAGCCUGGACAACGAAGUAAGCUAUUAUUAUGGAAUGCAGAAUGCCAAAAUCCGUCACUUCAGGACAGUUGCAGCAUGUGUUUUGAUCUCACUCCAAAUGAAUUAAAUUUUAAGUAAGGUUCGAAGGUAACAGGACGUGAUCCCAUACAAGGCUUUCGUUGUCUAUACUCAAUUGCACUGGCGGAAUUGCGGCAGUAACACGAUGAUGUGGAGUUAUCUGAAUUCAAUGGUGUAUCAACAUAUUUAAUACUUCAAGUCUGCCAGGCAUCAGCAGCAGGAUGUUUCCUUCCUUCCCGUCUGUAAGAGUUUUUCAUCAAAUCAAGUUAAAAUACAUGGUAGCAUUUCUCACUUUCACUGUAGAAAUAUUCAUCUUCUUUUUCAAAAAAUAAAAAUAAAUUUAUAUGUGCA